AUGUCAACUGGCAAUAAUCGAUAUGGUCUGCUAACAACUUCAAUUGCAAAUAGUCCUGCUACUACAUCUGAACAGUUCGUUACCAACCACUUUAACGACCAUCAUAGGACUAUCCUACAACCACACGAACAACAACGCAACAGCCUUUUCGAUAAUGAACAAAGACAAAUCACCAACCACACUACCAGUCAUCCGACCACUGCCAUCAACUACAGUUUGAAAGGAUUCAAAUUGCCAGAUAUAAAACUACAAAAGUUUGACGGCAACCCACUGGAGUGGUACAACUGGUUCGAACUCUUCCAGACUGCGAUUGGCAACAACCCAUGCCUAAGCCCGGUUGAAAAAAUAACUUACUUGCAGUCAUUAUGCACUGAUAAUGCUAAAUCUUUAAUAGAGAGCUACGGAACCAAUUCUUCUCAGUAUGAACAGGCAAUACUUGAAUUAGUGCGUAGAUACGGUAACCCAAAAUAUGUGGUGUCAGCGUUCAUCAGGGAACUUGAAAAGUUUGACAAAUUGAUACUAAGCGAACCACAGGGUUUCAUAAGAUACGCUGCUUUCCUACGGAAACUAAUCCACAACUUCGAACACAACGGCUACACCGCUGAUCUAAAUUCUAGUAACCUGACUCGACUUGCUCGAUCAAAACUCCCAGUAACUCUACUAAUGAAGUGGGAAGAACACUGCGUGCUGCACGAUCUCGAUUAUGCUACACUCAAAGACUUGACGCAGUACCUCAAUAACUACUCGCGAGCAUGCGAGAACCUGGACAUAGACCCGUCGACUCCAAACCGAGCGGGACGAAAUCGCCAACCUAUGAAGCAACAACAACCCGACAGCCGACCCAACCAAUUUACUUUUAUGUCCAGGCAAAACUACGACAAAUCUUCAGGCAUAUCAGCAAGACCAACAACUUUAACAUGUUCAAUAGAUAACCAAGUUCACUACGUUGGAAAAUGUCCGGACGUUUUGAAACUUCCCGUAGAUCAACGGGCAGAGCUGGUGAAGCAACAUAAGCUGUGCUUCAACUGCUUAGGCCAACACAGAUUUAGUGAAUGCACAUAG